AUGGGUGCUGACGACGUGGUCCUGCAGAUCGGUUGGUGGGGUGACAUGGGAAGUGCCAAACAAAAGGGUAUCAAGACCUACGGUCUUUCCCCCUACCGACAGAAGCCCAUGCAUGGUUUGAUGCGAUCCCUCAUCUUCAACGGCUCCAAGCGAACCAUGCAACAACUCCCUUACAUCGCUCCUCCCCUCAUGUUCUUCUACGGCGUCUACUACUGGGCCAAAAACAAGUACUCAUACUUCAACUCUAAACAGGGUCACUUUGACCACCUCGUCCACGAGGGCACUAUCAAGCCUGGACAAUACGAGAGGCCUGUCGUCACGCCUUUGCCUCACUAG